AUGAAAUCAUUUCGAAGCCCGAUCUCAGUCACAAGGAUGGAUCUGGGGCAGCCUGUAGAAGAAAACUACGCUAAUCCAAACACUUGCUUCUUUCAUGUUCUCUUCAAGGCUUCAGCCUUGGCAUUUUACAUCCUCUCUGCCCUCUUUAUUGAUAACUUUGUCAUCAUUUUUGUGACGACUGUCUUUCUAGCCGCUCUUGAUUUUUGGGUAGUCAAGAAUGUGAGUGGAAGAAUUUUAGUUGGUAUGAGGUGGUGGAAUGAAAUAGAUGAUCUGGGUGAGAGUGUAUGGAAAUUUGAGUGUCUCGAUCAAGAGUCAUUGGCCCGGAUCAACAAGAAAGAUUCAUGGCUUUUCUGGUGGACACUUUACCUUACAGCAGUUGCAUGGACUAUGAUGGCAUUGUUCUCACUCAUAAAGCUGCAAGCUGAUUAUCUCCUAGUUGUUGGAGUUUGUUUGACCCUCAGUAUUGCAAAUAUUGUUGGUUUUACCAAAUGCCAAAAAGAUGCUAAGAAGCGGAUUCAACAAUUUGCCUCCCAAGCAAUUGCCUCACGGGUCUCAUCUACAUUACAGUCAGCAUUCAGUGUUGUCUGA